AUGAUCGCGCAGCUUAGGACCCCAAUGCUCAAGUCCACCCUCCUCUUGGCUCUCGCAGCCCUUUCAGUCUAUGUCACAGUGGCAGACGCCAGGAUCGACUUCUGGGUAGAUCAAAGCCUGGGCGGUGAAAUUAUAACCUGUCCCAAAGCAACUCAGUACAACACCUGCUACAAUGUCGACAACGUCGCCCUUGCCGGCAUCUCGUCCUAUUUUUACUACAACCAAGACCCAGCCAAGAAAGACUUUAGCGUGACCGUGUACAGUGGAGGCAGUUGCAGUGGUACCUAUGACCGAUGGUCGUUCACGAUCGAUCCUGAUCCUGCAAAGGACCAGGUUGGAUUUUAUGUCGUCGAGUUUGCGACGAUGAACGAUAAAACCCGGAGCUUCAAGUUCGCAGAUUUCCAUACUUCGUUUGUAAAGGGCGGGACCCAAAAUACCCCCGAUCAAUACAAGGUUUCGAAUGUGUGCCAGUUUGGGUUUCCCAAGGGCGCUAGUCGUAGCCUCCCGCCGCUGUCUAGCGCUAUCAGAGUCGAUCCUUCAAAAUUCAUCGCCUUCAUUUCUCCUUCAAUGCUUCCUCCAGACAGAGAGACUCUCAGCGACUUAGCCCAGGAGUCCACCAACCUCUCCACCCACGUUCCCCAGUACUUCCGGUAA